AUGAGCACCACUGAUUAUAAAUCUUACUCUCCUUCUAAGACAUUCUCUUAAAGAUACACUACUAAGACUCCUCCCAAGUAUGCUGAGCACAGAGAUGCAACUUACAACACCACAUUGAGUCCUUAUUAAACUCCUAAUAGAGAUACUUAUUCUAGAGCUGGAGAUGAAACUGAUAUCAGCGAAAACCUUAGUGCUUCAAAGAUCAGACUUGACAACUAAGUUAGAGACAUUAAAACACUUCUUGACACAAAAUACAAUCCUGAAAUUGAUUCAUGGAGAAGCAAAUGGUAAGAAUGUGAAGUUAGAAGAAACUUCUUGGAAACCGAAAACCAAAGAUUAAUCAGAGAAAUUGAGUUCUGGAAGAGCAAGAGCAGUACUGCUGACAUUGAAAAGGCUUAGUAAUUAAUUCAGUCAGAACAAUUAAAAAACAGCUAAUUAGAAACCAUUCGUUAGACAGCUGACAAUAGGAGCUACAGUCUCUUAAUGGAAGCUGAUAGAUUACGUAGCCUUCUUGCUACUAAGAUUGAAGAAUGCAAUGAAAUCAAGGCUAACUACAGCAAGUUAGAAUUAUUCUAUGCUGAAAAUGCCGACAAGGAUGAAGUUGCAAGAGACUAUGAACAACGUAUCCAACGUCUUAAGAAUGAAUACUCAGAUAGAUUGAGAGAAGUUGACGACUUAAAGCAAUAAAGAAACUAACUCGAGUUAGAAAGUUACGAAUUAGAAAAGGUUCAAAGAGAGCAAGAAAGUCUCAAGAACCUCCUCGAAUCAAAGAGAGAAGAAAACACCAGAUUGAGAAGAGAAAAGACUGAAUUAGAAGUUGAAAAUUACAAGUCAAAGAAGGCCGAAAACGCCCUCCUUGAAAAGGAAGCCCUCCUCAAGAGCUAAAUUGAAGAACUUGAAAACGAACACGUUAAUGCUGAAGAACUUAGAAAAUCUAACUUCUUGCAAAAGAGUAUGGUUCACUCUAAUGUUCAUGAUGAAUUAAGAAAAUCCUUCCACGCUGAAAAAACCUAAUUAGAAGACGAAGUUGAAGAACAUCAAAAACUUGCUGGAUAGAAGAUUAAUGAACAUGAUGAACUUAGAAGAUCUUACCACGACCUCACUACAGAACUCGCAAAGGCUGAAGAUGAUGACAAGAUGGCUGAAGCUGAACUCCAAAUUUGGAAGGAAAAGGCUGCUGAAGCUGAAAAAUUGAAGGAAGCUGAAAUUGCUCGUGCUAAUCGUUUAAAAGAAGCCUCCAUUUAAUUAACUAUUUCUGAAAAUCUUAAAGAAAAAAAACAAUUAGAAGAGAGAAUGGAUACCUUAAACAAAGUCCUCACUUACAAGGAAUAAGAUUUGAGCAAGGUCUAAUAAGAAGCUCUCCUCACUGAAGUUGAAAAGAGACAAUUAGAAGAAGAAAGAGCUAAAUUACAAUUCUAAAUUGAUGAACUUAUCAAAAAGCAAGACGAAAAUGAUAAGAGAUUCUAAAUUUAAUUGAAAUCAAGAGACAAUAUCCACUCUUACUCAGUAGAAAAGGCUAGAAAGGAACACGAAAAUGAAAAAAGAAGAAUUAGCAACUAAAUUUAAGCCCUCAGAAACGUCAUUGAUACUAAGAGAGACGAAGCUGAAAGAGCCAGACGUGAAGCUAAUGAUUUCUGUUUAAGACUUGUCAAUUGUGAAAACAAAGCAAAACAAGCUGAAGCUGAAUAAUUAUACUGGAAGAACUAAACUGACAGAGUUGUUAGACAAAAGAGCAUCGAAUAUCAAGUUGAAAAGGAGUUAACUAACUCAUAAUUAAGAGACCUUGAAAGAAGUUAAUCAAUUGAAAAAAUAUAAAAACUCAGAGAAAGUGACUCCAUUCGCAAUAUCAUUGACUAUAAAGAUAGAGAAGCUCAAGAAUUGAGAUUAAACUAAUCAAGAGCAAUUAGCGACCUUGCCCGUGAAAGAUAUGAAAAGAUUAGAAACUAAACAGAAGCUGAAAUCAACAGAUCUCGUGCCCUCGAAGCAGAGAGAGCUAAAUAUAUUGAUUUAACUAUAAAAGAUCAAGUUCAUCGUGAUAACGUUGAUUCAUUGAGAAGAUCUGGUCAUUUCUAAAGCAGUGUCUUAAAAUCUGAGGCUAAUAUUUUAACUGACUAAUUAAUUAGAAAAGAUAUAGAAGCUAGAGACUGGAGAGAUAACUACACUCGUCUUGCCACUUCUCCUUACAGAAAAUAUUGA